AUGGCUGGCUUGCGUGUUUUGGGACUUCUUGUGUUAGCAGUGGCCGUACCGCUGGUCUACGGUGUUGGCUGCCCAACUAACUUCUAUCGUAUUGGAGACAUAUGCCUGAGCCUCUUGCAGGAAGAUGACCAGACAUUCGCUGAUGCUGAGGCAAAAUGCAAGACUCUCAAUUCAGAGGCUACGCUUGCUAUUGUGAAAGACUACCGCACACAAGCUCAAAUUGUUUCAUUUAUGUCCUUGGACAACACCCAGGAUGUAUACAUUGGACUCAAAGCUACCCCUGCUAACCCCUUCUAUACUUGGAGCGAUGGGACGGCAUUAGAUGUGUCGUUUACUCGAUGGGGCGUUGGGCAGCCAGAUGGAUAUGCGUUCUUGACCAAUACAGAGUAUUGUGUGGUACUGGAUAACAGCAACGAGAAGCAGCCUGGCUAUUGGUAUGAUGUGCCCUGCACUGAGCAGCAUAGAUACAUCUGCAGCAGAAAAAUGGAUGAUAGCGACAAUAACAAACCAAUACCUGGGACUCGAUGCACUAACGAUUUCAUUCCGCUUGGCAAUAGUGCAUGUUUUUACUUGUACAAUGACGCAGCCAAAAGUUAUGAUGAUGCACAAGCUGCAUGUCGGGCCGUCAACCCAGGGCCCCAAUACCAAGUGAAUCUUGCAACAGUACUGAGUGGCUACGAGUCAGCGCUCGUGGAGACUUUAAUGUACUCAUUUGAUGUACCAUCUGCUUGGAUUGGAUUGAAAUCAAAUAACAAUGAAUUUGGAUGGGAGAUUGACUACCCUAUAGUCUAUACUAAUUGGGGGACGGAUGAACCCAGCGGUCAAACUGGUGAAGGAUGUGUGCGUGCCAGGAUCGAUGGGGACAAUUGGGAUGACACAACGUGUGCUGACACAGCAGCAUACAUUUGCCGUUUCGAUAAACUAGCUAUGACGUACCCAACUCCUGACCCAGCUACAGUGAUUUUACCCUGCCCCAAUAACUGGAUCUCCCAAGGUGAAAACUGCUACUACUUCUCUGACAGAAAGACAGACUGGGGAGAGGCCAAUUACAGAUGCAUGCGGAUGUAUGAAGGUGCCAUGCUUGCGAGCAUCACUUCAUCAGCUGACAACGAAUUCAUUUAUACAACAAUGAAAGCCAAACACCCAACAGAACAAUUUGUUUGGAUUGGACUGACACGUGUACAGACUGGCAAUGAUAAUUGGGGUACAUUUGAGUGGAUUGAUCAGAAAGAGUUGAAUUACGCCCUCUGGAGUGCAGCCGAGCCUGACGGAAACGAUCCAAAUGCAGCUCUGUUGGAGUCUUGUGUUGCCAUGUCCAUUAACACUGCAGGUGCAGGGGCCUGGCUGGACGAAAUUUGCCAGUUCAGUCUCCUCUACUCUGUUUGCAAACUGCCCAAACAGAACUCUUAUCAGGCACGGAUUUGUGGCGGGAAUGUUGAAGAGUUAAAAGUUGGAGAUCAGUGCUACUUUCCAAGUACUCUUUUGGGACCUACACAGUCUGACAAAACCUGGACUGAAGCAGAGAAUAAAUGUCGCGAAUAUGGUGGCCACCUGACAACUGUCAAGGAUCUGGAUGAGCAAAACUUGGUGCGGACAUUGUCUUUCGGUUUUGCAAGGAGUUACUGGCUUGGUUUGCGGGAUGAAGGCGCAGGCUUUGGCUGGAGUGACGGCACUGCGUUUGACAUCAGUACCGACUACUCGGCAUUCCCUAGUGGUCAACUUCCAGACAACCUGGCCGGUGAAGAAGAUUGUACAGAACUGCGUAUAUGGCAGAACGGAGAGUGGGGAAGAAGUGCUUGUGGGAAUUUACUCAAAUUUGUCUGCAAACGAGAGGAGUCCUCAACUACACCACUUUCGCCUUUACCAGGCUAUCCAGACUCUGGCGAGUGCCCCAAGGAUUACUUCAGACUGGACAACAUGUGCUUCAACUUGAGAGGCACAGAUGAAAGUCAACGUUUGGGCUGGAUCGAUGCUAGAGAUGCUUGUAAGACGCCUUCAGUUGCAGGGACAACCCUUGCCACAGUUAGCAACCCUGGACAGCAAGCUCUGUUGACGGCCAUAAUUCAGGGAGUAGGUGCAGACAUGUGGAUUGGCUUGAACGGUAUAGGCAUCCACGAUCAAUAUCAUUGGACUGAUACAACACGAUUGGACUAUACGAGCUGGGCACCAGACCAACCUGACAAUGCUUUGCCAAUUACUGAUCCGAACUCUGCUAGUUGUGUGGCGAUGAUGAAUGACCCCGACGACCCUGGUCUGUGGAAUGAUGCCAUGUGUACUACCCCACGAGCCUACCUCUGUCAGUCACCAUUAGUGUCAUCUGGUGGUGAUCCUCCUCCCCUACCAGGAAACCCAUGUACAGACAUCAAGUACUCCAACUACUUUGACACAUGUUUCCUUAUGGAGAGCGCUAAGAAGAACUCAUUUGAUUUGGCCAAAACGGAUUGCGAGAGUAGGGAUGGUAGCUUGCUGUCACUGAAUAACCAAUAUGCGGGGGCGCUAUUCACGUACCUCCUGUACCAAGCUGGUACUGAUGCAACAGAUGAUGAAGCCUGGUUGGGAUUGAGGCGUAAUGCUGAUACUGGAGUAUUUGAGUGGGUUGACAAGUGGCCGCUGCAGUUUACCAGAUGGGGUCCCAAUGAACCAAACAACAACAAUGGAGAUUGUGUGGCACUAACUCGUGAUGGCUUCUGGGCUGUCCGCCAGUGCUACGAUAACAACUACUACUUCUGCAAAUACCCCUCUACUCCGCCAGAAGUUCCAGGGCUGAAGGGAGGGAUCUGUCCUCCUGACUAUGUGGAAUUCCCAGAAUCAGAUGACUGCUACCUGUUUGGUACAUCGGCCACAACGAUAAAACACGAAGCUGGAGAUCUAACAUGUGCCACUAACCACAACGGGGGCCGAUUGCCCAGCAUUCACAGCAAAGCAGAGGAAGAUUUCAUUAAGGCCCAAACCAAAGAAGCCUUAGGAGAAAACGCCAAGAUUUGGCUGGGCGUAACUCGCAAUGCAGAUGACUUCAAUACCUGGUUUGAUCAGAGUCUGAUGGACUACGUGAACUGGGAUGCCGGUGAACCUACUGAUGAUAACAAUGCAAACAACAAUGGCGUCCUGUUGGAUGUGAAUGGCGGAUGGAGUGACGUCGCCUCUACUGAGAGACACAACUACAUCUGCAAAUCUCCCAAAUUUCCAGCCCCUCCCACCCCCAAACCAACCAGUUCAGCCAUUAAACCAGUUGCUGGAUGGUUGUCUAUCCUCUUGACUGGAGCUGUCAUCUUGUUUGCCAGACGUUAAAGAAGUUUCUAGUCUUCACAGUGCCUUGCGUCAGUAGGAACAGCAUCUGGGCACCCGUCUGAUCACCCAAUUCCUAUGAUGAUAUCCUUAGUGUCUUUAUGAAAUGCAGUUGCAUUGAUAGCUGGACACAAGGAUUGACAAUGAGCAUAAACAAAAACAAACAUGACUCAAAUACACAAAUAUGUUUGAAUUGUACAAAUAUUCAAUCAAUCCAUAUUAAAUCAAAUUUUCAGGAUUCUUGUGAUUUCAGAUUUCAUUUAGUUUGCAAAUUAAACUACAUUGUAUUUCUACAAUUUGAAGACUCAUGUGGCCAUUAUAAAUGUCACUUUUUAAGAUAUCCUUGCCUGGGGAGUUAAGAUAACCAAAAAAAAUUGAAUGAUGCAAAACAGUAACAAUACUUAGUUCUGCAAUUUGUAAUGAAACUGUUUAACAGUAACAAGUCAUUCAGAAGGAGAAUCUACAAAGUAAAUUGACAAGAGUAAGACUUGAUACACAUCUGAUUUCGCCCAUUUCGCUAAAAAUACAAAGUUAAACCUAACAAUUUGAAAUUUUUCAUAAAAAUCCAACAAUUUGAAAUUGUUCAUAAACAUCU